ACUUGGGACAGAUCAAAUCUUUGUUUUUUUUUUUUUUUUGUGGUACAGAUGGAUAAGGCAGCUCUGCUAGGAAGUGCAAUAGAGCAUGUGAAGGAUCUCAAGAGAAAAGCAACAGAAGUCAGCAAGGCCUUCACUAUGCCGACAGAAGUUGAUGAAGUAACUGUAGAUUGUGAUCUUCCUGAAAACAUAUGCCCCCCAACCAACCCUAGACAAACCAAGGACAACAAGAUCUUCAUCAGGGCUUCUGUUUGCUGCGAUGAUCGGCCGGAAGUGUUUGCAGAGCUCAUCCGAGUCCUCAAAGGCCUGAGACUAAGCACGGUUAAAGCUGACAUUUCUAGUGUAGGUGGAAGAAUGAGAAGCAACUUGAUCCUUUGCAAUGAUGACAGUGAAGAUCAGGGUGUUUCACCCAGCUCUCUGAAACAGUCCCUGAAUGUAGUUUUAAGCAGGAUUGCUUCAUCAUCCGCUGGAUCAAAUUGUCGCAUCAGAAGCAAAAGGCAAAGGCUGUUCUUGCCUUCUCAGUUUACACAAUAAAUUGAUAUACUCCGUAUCCAAGUAACAUUCCAAGUUUGCAACUGUUUCUCUUUUCCUUUUCAUUUUUCCCUUUCCCUAUGCUUUAUCCUUACAUUCCUUGAUACAAUCAGUAUGUCGCACGAGCAUUUGACUAAAUAAUUGGUAUAUGAUUUAUUACUUAAAAAGUAAAAUUUGAAUA